CUCGUGGGCAUCGGAGACGAGGAUCGGGCCCAGGACCAGUCGAGCGUGGCUAGCGUCCGUCCCCACUGGGCAACAAAGGAAACAAGGGACAGUCCCUUCCCAACAGCCCUGCGAGGGAGGCCCCAGGGAAUGAACCCGGGUUGAGAAAUCGAUUCCGCUAAACUUUGCCCUCUGGACGGUGGAAGGACCCGAGCGCUGACAUUGCGGUGUUGCCGGACGACAGGAUUCAGACAGAAGGGUCAAGCCACACUGCAAAAUGGCAACCUCAGUUGUAAAUUCACCCACUUUGGAUGAUCCGCCUUCAACGGCCGCGGAUUACCAAGACCUCAGGUCCAUGGAGGAAGGAGAUGAAAGUGGGCCAUCCUCCUGGAAAGCACCUCCGCUGACCCAGUCCUCCUGGCGCCGCAUCUGCCCCACCAGCCGCCUGGUCCUGGCCCUGAUGGCCGCCUGUUCCAUCCUCACCCUUUCCGUGGUCGCCCUCGGUUUCCAAGGAGUCCAGCUCAAUUCAGAGAAAUGGGGGGCCAUGGAAGCCAUCAAAAGCUUCAACCAGACAGUUUGGACAGGACUAAAUGGCCUUCGUAACAAAAGAAACACCACAGGAUGGAAGCUGAAAUCGCUGGAGAAGAUUCUGACGGAUCGUAAUGAGAAGAUGAAGAAAGCCAAUAAACUAUUCGAAGAACAGCUGGACACUUUGCAGCAAGACUCGAAAUCAUUUCACUGUGCUCUGGUUGAAAUGAGAAGCAAUGGCACCAGAAGUGGCUGCUGCCCCAAAAACUGGCUGCAGUUUCAGGAGAGCUGUUACUGGAUGUCUUCUGGGACGUUAUCUUGGGAGAACGCCAAGCGCAACUGCGAAAGGAAGAAUUCACACAUGUUGAUCUUCAACUCGCCCGAGGAGAAGAGAUUUAUAUAUCAACGGAGGAGCAGUUCGACUUGGAUUGGAUUGACAGAUGUCACCGGAGAGUGGAAAUGGGUGGACGGCUCGUCCUAUACGAUUAAUAGAGAUGACUGGCAACCAAACCAGCCGGACCACUGGUACGGCCACAAUCUUGGUGGCGGCGAAGACUGCGUCCACCUAACCUCGGACGGCGCCUGGAACGACAACCACUGCUCCCGCUCUUUCUACUGGAUCUGCGAAAUGGAGUUGAAGGGCUAGCUGGACAGGCGGAGGCACCGGUCACCGGUCAACUACCAAGCUUGGAAACUUUGUGUUUUGUAUGUUUGUUAAAAUGCAAUACAACUGUUUGUUUUGCUCCUGACACGAUAAAUAAAUCUGUUUCGAGUUCAUACGUGA